AUGUCAUAUAAGCGAUCCGUUCUUAUAACUGGCUGCUCAGAUGGUGGACUGGGGGCUGCGUUGGCACUUGAAUUCCACAAAGCUGGCUUCCAUGUAUACGCUACUUCGCGGAAUCCCGACAAGAUGAAAGGACUUGCCGCCAAGGGGAUCGAUAUUCUGGCCCUCGACGUCCUUUCAGAGGAAUCAAUCUCCAUUGUUGUCAAGAAGCUUCCUAGCUUGGACAUUCUGGUCAACAACGCCGGUCAAGGCUACACAAUGCCGAUCGCCGAUCUGGACGUGACCGAUGCGAAAAGGAUAUUCGAUUUGAACGUUUGGUCUUAUAUCUCGGUAGCCCAGGCAUUUCUUCCACUGAUCAGGAAGUCAUCUCAUGGCAUGAUUGUCAACCAAACUUCCGUCACAUCGGCCGUGACAGUGCCUUUCCAAGGGGUGUACAACGCCUCUAAGGCAGCUAUCGCUAUGUUUUCUGAUACAUUGCGACUAGAGAUGGAGUCAUUGGGGAUUCAAGUCGUGGAUCUGCGAACCGGCAACGUGCUCUCUAAUAUUGGCUCCAAUUCCCAGGCACAGCAGCGGGGGUUACCCCAUGGUUCCCUCUAUGAGCCGGCAAGGGAGGUAAUGAACAAGGUGCUCCGGGGAGAGGGCUUUGCAGCUGUCGGAUGGCCUGCUGAGCGAUGGGCGAGCGAAGUAGUUCGCGAAUUACAAAAGAAUCAUCCUCCCAAGGUUAUCUGGAAAGGUGCAAAUGCAUGGCUAGUCCGGAUUGGCACGAUUCUGCCGGCGGGGACUCUGGACGGGACAGCAAGGAAAAUGUCAAAGCUCGAUCUUGUGAGCGAAAUCUUGAAAGCCGAAGCAAGCCUGGCCACAGGCGUCUCUGAGCUUUGA